GCAGAUGAAAGGAACAGCAUUUUCUAUGUGUCAGUUGUCAGUUGAGUCUGCUCCAAGCGAGAUGGUCGUUAUCAUGACGGCAAUUGAGGAUGAAACUUAUUUUGGUUUUCAAACAUUUGCUUGGCUCGCGGAUUUCGUUAAUCUUCCCAUUGAUCAGGUGAAUUUUUUGAUAACACAAUUUAUUGCAUUGGGAUUGGCUGGAAUUUUAAGGUCAUCAUUAAAUCCAAAAGUAACUUCACCAGCCUUAAGACAUGCAUUUGUUCUUAUUUUUGGACUUGCCCUCGGUUACUUCAAUUUCGGCAAGCACGCGAUUCAUUUGGCAGGACUCCCAGCAAUAUGUUACAUAGUAAUGAGAACUCAGGAUCCAAAAGUAAUGCAAAGACUUGUACUUGUCAUUGCAUUGAGUUAUCUUUCCUGCAUUCAUUUACAUCGACAAUUUUAUAAUGGUGGGAGUCACACACUCGACAUUACUGGUCCUCUCAUGGUAAUCACUCAAAAGGUGACGAGUCUCGCUUACAGUAUUCACGAUGGAUUGAGCCGCAUGGAUGAAGAUUUGACACCCUCACAACGCCAUCAAGCAGUUCGAAAAAUGCCAACGUUGCUUGAAUAUUUUAGCUACGUUUUUCAUUUCCAAGCAAUAAUGGCAGGACCUAUAAUUUUAUAUCAUGAUUACAUUGAUUUCAUUCACGGUCAACGGAUCUUGGAAGCGAAAUCACUUACAGGUUACGGCGAAAAAACAUCGAAUGAAAUUGUUCUUGAACCAUCGCCAGCAUCAGUUGUUGUAAAAAAAGUCAUCACUAGUCUCUUCUUUGCAUUUGUAUUCGUCACUUUCAUUCCAUCGUAUUCGGUAGUAAAAGUCAAAGAUGAUGAGUUCCUGGAAAAAACUUCGAUAAUUUAUAAAUUUUGGUACCUGACAAUAGCCACAAUGUUGGUUCGCUUUAAGUAUUAUCAUGCCUGGAUAUUUGCUGACGCAAUUUGCAAUAAUUCAGGUCUUGGCUUUAAUGGAUAUGAUGAAAAUCAUCAAUCACGUUGGGACAAAGUUUCCAAUGUUGACGCCUUUAAAUUUGAGACUGCUCUUAGUCUUAGGGAUAGUAUCGAAGCCUGGAACAAGGGAACAAAUCGAUGGCUAAGAUCGUUGGUUUAUGAAAGAGUGCCUCGAAAUAAAACAGUUUACACAUAUGCCUUGUCUGCCUUAUGGCACGGAUUUCAUCCAGGUUACUACCUCACAUUCGCCAACGGAUCGUUUUUCACAUACGCUUCACGAAUCGUUCGACGCCAUGUACGACCUCACUUCCUAAUUUCGAAAAAAGCCAAAUUAUUUUACGAUUUCAUGACAUUUUUGACAACGAAAGUCGUAUUAACGUACACAACUUUCACUUUCGUUCUCUUGGAAUUAAAACCAAGUAUCACAAUGUACCUGCAUUUGUACCUUUUCCCGAAUAUUUUGGGAUUGACCGGAAUUCUUUUUCUGCCGGUAAUUCUGCCUCUUUCGAAGCAAAAAUCACAAACUUCCAAGACUGAGUCGAGUAAUGGACAUGUACCGACAAAUGGACACGCGCACAAAGUUGAGUGAUUGAUUACAGAAAAGAAAAAAAAAAAAAAAAAAAAAAUCAGAAAGAAGAAAAAAAUUGUUUGUAUCUGUCUGUGUGUAUAAGAGUGAGAGACAAAGAGAUUUUUUCAUCUCGAUUGUGAGGGUUUUUUUAUUUAUUAUAAAAGUACGAAAGUUAAAAAUAUUUUUUGAGAAAUAUUUUUUCAUAAUGCAAAUCACGAUAUGAAUGUUAUACCGUCAAAAUGGUACAGAUUAUUGAAAGGAAAAAAAAAAGAAAAAUAAUUAGUCGAUUAUAAUGUUAUUUAUAUUUUACAAAAGCGUUUCGUAUCAUUACGAUUCGACAAAAAAAAAAAGAAAAAGAAAAA